ACACUCCUAACAAAAUCUCUCUUUUUCUUUCUCUCUCUCUCUCUCUCUAUUGUUGCCCACCCUUUUCUUCCCUCCAUUUCCCUUUCCUCUUUCGAAAAAGCAUAUAUUUAUAUAAAACUGUGAUCUUGGGAUAGUUGAAACUAAACUUGAGAAAAUGGACAACCAACGUAGCCCUCUUCUAAGUUGGGCUUACUACUUCCAGGGAAAGUCAAUGGAGGAGCUGAGGCAGUCCCUGAUAUACACAACUCUGGAGCUAGAACAAACAAGGGUUGCAGUGCAAGAAGAGCUUAAAAAGAGGGAUGAACAACUACUCAACCUAAAGGACCUCCUGAGCAAAACCAUAAGAGAGAGAGAUGAGGCACAAGAGAAAUGCCAGAGACUUCUCUUGGAGAAGCUAGUUUUCCAACAGCAGCUACAACAUGCAGCUCCUGUGUCUGGAAUUUCAAGCAUUGAGGAUGAGCCGAGAAGAGGAAUUGACUCCAACAAUGGUCAUUCAUCAUCAGAUUGUGAAGAAAGCAUCGUUUCCUCUCCAGUCAUUGACCAUUUACCUCAACCUCAACCACAAUCAAUGAUUGAACUAACACCAGACAAACCAUUACCAGAAAAGGGUAAGCUUUUGCAAGCAGUGAUGAAAGCUGGUCCUCUCCUUCAGACCCUUCUCCUUGCAGGACCUCUUCCUCAAUGGAGACACCCUCCUCCACCACUUGAGUCCUUUGAGAUUCCACCUGUCACCAUUCCCUCACCACCACCACCACCACUACAACUACUCCACCAAGACACUUUUUUUAACAAAACCAACGGUAGCAGCAGUACCACAACCAACUGUGGAAGACUCAGUAGAAAAAGGGUCUUCUGUGAUGGCUCUGAUUCUCCUACCGAGACCAAGUACCAAAGGCUUGUACUUCACUGACUUAUUACCAAAAGUCAGGAUCCACACACUUAGUAAUUUCUAAUUUAUAUAUAUAUAUAUAUAUAUAUAUCUUCAAAGUUCUUAGGAUUAGAGGGUAAGUAAGUAAGAGUAACAAGCUAGUAUGCAACUGAUCUAGCUUCUGUACAGUGGUUGUUCACUUGUUCUAGGAUACCAGAACACAAGUUAUCCGGAUUUAACUCAUUCAGAGAGAAGAUGAGAGGAUGAAGAAGAAGAAGUGCUUGAUUUUAGGCUUUCUGGCUUUAUUUUGGUGAAGAAUUUGUCAACUCUUCACAUUUUGCUUCCUAGGGGCCUUGAUUUCUCUUAAAUUGUUAUUGUGUUAAGUGUAACAAUUAAAGAUUACUGUAGUCCAACAGUUAAGCAUGUAGUUUUAGUGUGUAGGUGUGGUUGUGGUUGUGAAGUGAGUUUGAUUGAUCUCUAUAAAGAUCGCAUCAACAAUUAAGAGAAUGGGUGUGGAGUGGGUGGAUUGGGAGAUGAUGAGUGUGACCAACGACCAAAGGGAAGGUCUUUGAGUUCUGCUUGUCUGGUUUGGUGGACCCAAAUAUUAGGAACACAAGAUCUGUUACUGGUGUGGUGUAUCAUUAUGUUAAAGCCUUUGUUAGAAAUGUUAUCAUUAUGCAGGUCUAAUCUUGUGCUUUUCCAUAAA